AUGGAGGAGAGCAAUCUUUUCAGCGAAGAUCUGCCGCUGCCACCCGCUCGGUUGUUCGAACGCCUAGGCCAGUUGCCCGGCUACACCUGGGAUCAGGCGGUUGAGCCAUUCCAUUCGACCUACAACCACUGGCAUCUCUCAGGGUUUCGCCAUGCGAUCGAUUCUGACCUCUCCACCCCUCUCGCAACCUCCUCGGGCCCAACCUCUUCCGGACCGUCAAGCCUAACUCGCAACUCGCCACGCACUGACAUUCGACCCGCUCGGCAUUUAACUCGAAGGACAAGCGUGAGUGAAACGAGCAGCGAGCUGUCGCUCUCUCGGGGCGAUCAGGAACAAAUAUGGAUGCCAGUCAUCGCCCGCAUUUCCACCAAUGUUGUACGGUUGGAGCGGGAAUUUCAUAUGUUGCGGUCGAUUGUGCAGUCGUCAGAUCCAGAUUGCAACCAUACCAUUCGACCUAUUGACUUGGUCCGCCUGCUGCCAGAUUCAGAGGAUGCGGGGACCCUCUUGGUUGCGAUCUUUGAGUCGCCGGGUCAUGACCAGUUACGAGACUUGGUCACGUUCGGCCCUGCCUCGUUUGCAGCCGGAGCCAAGAGCGAGGGCAAUAACAUGACCCCCGGUGAGCAAGUUCCUCUGCCGGCCUUCUUUGACUUUGCGAUUGGAGCCUGCGACUGCUUGGAGAUCCUGCAUUAUGGACUCAAAACUGUACACGGGGAAAUAAGAGGGGAUGCCUUUCACUUCUGCGCCGAGAGUGGCGCGGUGAAACUGGCCAAUAUUGGAAACGGUGCUCGGUCAUUUGACAACGUUCUGAGCGAGGGAUGGUCAUCUGUGUCGCGCGAGCUGGGGGCAAAGUACAAACUGCAGUUCAUCGCCCCAGAGCAGACCGGGAGAAUGCCCACGGAGCCGGAUAGUCGCACAGAUAUCUACGCUUUAGGCCUCUUCUUUUGGUCUAUGCUGGUAGGAAAACUGCCCUUUGAAGGGAGUGAUCCAGUGGAAGUCGUCCAAAACGUCCUGGGCAGGAAACUGACUCCAGUCUCCGCGAAAAGAAUGGAUAUUCCGGAUCCUCUUUCAGCGGUGGUCCAGAAAAUGACCCAAAAAGUUGUUCAUGACCGGUAUCACACCAUCUCAUCUGUGAAAAGAGACUUGUCGCAGAUUGCCCAACUACUUGGGGACGGUGAUAGCGACGCUCUCAAUAACUUCCAGAUUGCGCAGCGGGACAUAUCUUCGUUCUUUACGCUUCCCUCCCAAAUGUUCGGCCGGCAAAAGGAAUAUGACCAGAUUAUCAGUGUGGUCGAGAAAGUCCACAAACGCCAGGCAUCUGCCUUUGCCAAAGCGUUGGCCCAGAGCCCCAGUACAGCUCACGCUCUUGCCUCCACCUCGUCUAUCUCCGAUGGUCGGGUGGACAGCCUCGAGCUUGCCUCUGCUUCCAGUGAUUCCGGCUCUUUCCAUCUGCCUCCCAGGUCCGGCUCCAAUGCGACCAGCUAUCACCUCGGGCAUGCCAACACCCAGGACUCUGUUCAGAGUACCGAAACGGCAUUUUCCACUCCAAAGCAUGGGCCGUCUCAAGACAUUGCUGGCUCUGCUCCCACCGUCACGGCAUCGAGCAAAAUGAAAAGCCCAUCGCAUUCUCGUUCGUCUUACAACACGGAUCGAGAGAGCCAUCCCUCGGCGGGGGCCAAUUUGUACAGCCACUCAGAGUCAUCGAACCCGGUGGGAAAAGCGAAGGCGACAUUCAAGUCCCACCGCGCCGGGCGCACCGAAGUAAUCACAAUCAGUGGAGCAGCCGGGAUUGGGAAGACAGAUCUUCUCAAUCGGGUGCAACCAAGCAUCCGCAAAAUCGGAUACAUAGCCAUCACGCGCCUGGACAAAGCCAAACGGGUCCCAUUCGAACCUUUUGCUAAAAUUCUCGCCAGUCUUUUGCGCCAGAUUUUCUCCGAGAGGGAUGUGACGACCGAAUAUCAUGAUAGUGUGCGGCUGGCUUUGCGGCCCAUGUGGGCAACUCUACACAAAGUGUUAGAGCUCCCGGAACAAUUGAUGUCUCCUGGCUCGAAAUACAAGCCUCCUUCCCCGAAGAGCUCCGUUGCCCAGCAUCUCUUCAAACAGACCCCUGCUAGCAGCGAUCCCGCCAAGCGGCUCAAUCUCCCUUGGUUGGAUCAGGGUCAAACUUCAGUGGAGUUCUUUUUGUCGAAUGCCGCCUCGAAGAACAUGCGACUGAUGGAGACAUUCAUCGAGAUACUGAGAACCCUUUGCCAGUUCAGACUGAUCACCGUCUGCCUCGACGAUCUCGAAUAUGCCGACGAUGAAACUUUAGACUUGGUUCUGGAAAUCAUUCGAGCCAGGUUGCCCUGCGCGCUGGUACUCACAAGCCGCAAAGACGAGAUCGCCUCUGACAAUGUGAGGUCACUGUUCGAGGCAGAUAACUUCAUGAUCACGCGUAUUACGCUAGAGCCCCUAGGGGAGGAUGAUAUUAUGGAGUUUGUGGCGACGUCGAUGCAUCAAGAACCCAAUCCAACGCUCACCCCCCUCUCGGCUGUGAUUCAGGAGAAAAGUCACGGAAAUCCUUUCUAUGACUCGAAGUGGAUGUUUGACCUCGACCGGAUCUUUACCGAAUUUGUGGCUCCUGUCUAUGGUGAAGGCCUUGGACUUGGUUUUCUCACCAGACGUCUGCAGGAAAUCCCUCCCGCCGCUAGGGUGAUCAUGGUCUGGGGCGCACUACUGGGGAGCCCGUUUUCCUUCUCGUUGGUGCAGAAGCUUUUGACAAGUGAAUUCCUUUAUGCGCUCCGCGACGAGGACUUGAAAUCCACGCCAUCUGAUAUUACAUUGAGGCGGCAAUCGGAAGGCGAUAUUGUUGUUGGCUUGCAGUACCUGGUUCAGGCCAAUCUUUUGAACCCUGGCAAGACCGACGAUGAGUUCAAGUUUGGAAAUGAUCGACUGGCACAAGCCUCUCUUUCCUUGAGCGAGGGCCGGGAUGUGGAAAAGAUGCAUUUCAUUAUCUCGCAGGUAUUGAUGAAGUAUUACCACGACCACCGCAGUCGCUACUCAAUGGCUCAGCAUGUGGCACUGGCAUCAACCACUAUCAAGUCCCGCGUUAGCAAAAGGCUAGAAUACCGACAGAUUUUGUGGGAUGCUGGCCAGACAGCUGCCCAGUCCGGCGCCCGCCCAACUGCCCUCUGGUACUUCCGCCAUUGCAUCGCUCUGCUUCAGGAAAACCCGUGGGAUGACCGGCAAUCCGAUGUCUAUUACGAUGAAACCAUGCGGCUAUUUAUUGCGACAGCCGAAAUGUCCUGGUCUCAGGGACAGAGUGAACAUGCACUGAAAUGGAUUGAUGAGGUCUUUGCACACAGCAAAGACGCAGUCAGCAAGUCAAGAGCCUGGAUCGUCAAAGCAAAGAUAUUUGCUCAGAUCGGCGACCACCAUCGCUCGAUGGAAUCGUUAUUGACCUGCCUGGAUGAACUUGGGGUUCAUCUUCGUCAGCCAACCACCUUUGAGGAAUGCGAUGCGGCCUACCUCAAGCUCAAGUCAUACCUCGAAGCAGCCGAUUUGGGGUCUAUCGCUCAGAAGCCCAUCUGCAAAUACCCAAACAUCGUUACAAUCGGAGCGGUAAUGGCGGAGGCAAUGGCUGUCACAUACUGGGAUGAUGCAUUGACCUUCUAUCGGAUGGCUAUCGAGAUGAUGAACAUUCACAUCUUUAGAGGAGGAUUCACACAAAUCGCGAUAGGUUGUUCUCACCUUGCGAUGAUCGCCUUGGGCCGCUUCAAAGACCUUCAGUUUGGUACCAAGCUGAGCGACUUGUCUCUGUCGCUCUUGGAACACUGCCCUGAACUAUGGACCCAAAGUAGGGGCUCUAUUGUCCAUAAUUUCUACAUCAGCCACUUGCGUGUUCCUAUGGCGUCGACCUUGCCCGCGCUGGAGGCCUCGCUGGAGGCUUCUUUUUCAAUGGGUGACCCCUAUAUCACCCUGAUCAGCAUCUCUUCAAUGGCCAUGACUCGACUUUACUUAGGACAAGAUAUGAGCCAGUUGGAAUUAUUUUGCAGCGAGGCCCCUGAAGACAUCCCGUUCUGGACGAGAGAUACGCGCGGUGGUGCAAGUUUAAUCGCAGUCCGACAAGUUGCAAGGGCCCUCCAAGGCAAGACAGAUUUCCGAUUGCCCGAAGGCGUCAUGUCGGACGAGGAUCACAAGACAGAAGAAUACAUGGAAUUCUUGGAUGCCAAUUCCAGUAAUGCCGAUCGACCUCGAGACAUCUAUUGGGGACUCGCCAUGAUCCCUCUUUUCUUGUACGGCCACCAUACCAAAGCGAUCCAGGUUGGCACUCAAUUGCUGGAGACGACAUACAGACUCUGGUCCGUUCGCGUCUCCUACGCGAUCUACUUCUAUCUGGCAGUCUCGCUCCUUACGCUUCACAAUGACUAUCCUGCCCAGGGCUAUCUUGACGGCAAUUUGGAAAUAAUACUCCAGUACAAAGCGGAAAUAGACUUUGCUCGCAGCGCCUCCGACGCAAAUUAUGGCAUGUGGUCUUUACUGCUGGAGGCUCUUAUCUACGAGGUCCGAAAUGAUUACAGUGCCGCAAUUCAGGCAUUCGAGGCUGCAACUGAUCAUUGUCAGAUCCAUGGAUGGUUCCUUGAAGAAGCACUGGCGCUUGAGAUGCAGGGCGAGUUUUUGGUUAGACGUGGGGCAAAGAGGGCUGCUCGUGCGGUCAUGGAGGACGCCAUUGCCGCGUGGCAUUCUAUUGGCGCCAGUGGCAAAGCAGUGCAAAUUGCAGAGAAACAUGAAUGGUUGCUCAAGACAGCAACGUCAGCCAAAACAGUUGAUGUCGGCUGCCAGACUGUUGAUUCACUAUUGGAGAUUAGUCGCGAAACCGCGCAAGAAGAGAUUGUCAUUCCUCAACAGAUCGAGGAGAAUGAGAGGCGACAACACUGGAUUCAGCAGAACGCUGUCACCGCCGGGGAGCGUUCGAUGGACAUAUCCGGGGUCGGGCUAGAUAUCAUCGACUUGUCGAGCAUACUCGAAUCCAGCCAAGUUAUGUCGUCCGAGCUCCAAAUUGACAAGCUUUUCACGAAAAUGCUUGAGAUUAUUCUGGAAUCCUGCAAUGGCUCAGACUUUGCCGUUAUUGCUACGGACUUUGACGAGCAGGGUUUUGCCGUUGCCGCGGCGGGUGAUGCCGAAAAGGGUCAAAAGUCGUACACCGAUGGACUACCAUUCACAGAGAUGGAGGGUCGGAUGGCCCAGCAUAUCACGCACUAUGUCAUGCGUACCAAGGAGGAAGUUCUCGUCCACAACGUGCUUGAAGAUGAGCGUUUUUCCAACGCGAGCGAGGCCUAUCAGGCCAACUUCCCGCUGGGCCGGUCUGUAAUCGCACUUCCAGUGGUACAGGCAGACCAUCUCCUUGGAGUUAUCCACCUGGAAGGGAAGCCCAAUUGGUUCACACAACGCAAUGUGGUCGUGCUGCACCUACUUUGCAACCAGAUUGGUAUUUCGCUGUCCAACGCACUGCUCUUCCGUGAAAUCCGCAAGGUCAGUGCGAAGAAUGCUUCAAUGAUCGAAUCUCAACGUCGUGCACUCGCACAGGCGCGUGAGGCAGAGCAGAAAGCGAAGGUUGCCGAGGCAGAAGCCAAGCAUAAUGUCAAACUCAAAGAAGAUGCAGCAAGGGCCAAGUCAAUCUUCCUCGCCAACAUUUCCCACGACCUACGAACUCCGAUGAACGGCGUAAUUGGCCUUUCUGAACUCCUGAAAGGCACGCAGUUGGACAGAGAGCAGGACGAAUAUGUUGAAUCCAUUCGCGUAUGCGCAGACACCCUGCUCACUCUCAUCAACGACAUCCUGGAUUUCUCAAAGCUAGAAGCUGGGAAGAUGAAGAUCUCCACUGUCCCGCUCAACUUGAAGGAGACGAUCUCCGAAGUGAUUCGCGCACUUCGCUACACGCAUCGUGACCGCGGCCUGGAUACCAUUGAAGACUUGGAGCGCGUCCCGUCGGAGCUUGUUGUCCUCGGGGACCCAGUCCGUUUGCACCAGAUAUUCAUGAAUCUUCUCAGCAAUAGCUACAAGUUCACGCCCAAUGGCUCCAUCACAGUCAAGGCGAGGGUGGGGCGCGAAGGCAAAGGACGGGUUCGCCUGGAAUGCUCCGUAGCCGACACUGGGAUCGGGAUUCCAGAAGAGCAGAAAGCGCGUCUCUUCCGCCCCUUUUCCCAAGCCGAUCCGUCCACAGAACGGUCUUACGGUGGAAGUGGACUUGGAUUAAGCAUUUGCAAGGCCAUCAUUGAAGAUGUGCUUGGCGGUGCCAUUUGGCUGGACUCGGCCUCAGGGGUGGGGACCACAGUCACGUUUCACUUGGUCUUUAACAAAGCGCCCAAGAAGACGGCCGUCAAGACCCCAUGGUCGCAAGAUCUGAGCCAAGCAGAGAGCAAAGAGGCUCCUCGGCCCACGGCACGAGACCUCACCCAAAUCCCACGCGACCAGAUCCGAGUGUGCAUUGCGGAAGACAACCCGAUCAAUCAAAAGAUCGCGGUCAAAUUCGUGACUGGCCUCGGUCUCCAGUGUGAAGCAUAUAGCGAUGGGAAGCAAGCCGUGGAUGCUCUGCGCGCGAAAUCGAAAGAAGGCAACCCGUUCCAUGUCGUGCUGAUGGAUGUCAUGAUGCCCACCCUCGAUGGAUACAACGCGACCCGCGAACUCCGACGGGAUCCCGAUCCGAAUGUGAACGAGGUACUUGUCAUUGCCAUGACCGCGAGUGCCAUUGAAGGCGACCGCGAGAAAUGCCUCGAGGCCGGCAUGAAUAACUACCUUCCCAAACCAGUACGCUCGCCUAUCUUGAGCGAACUGCUGGACACGUACCUCGCCCCCGUGCCAUCGCAUCCCCGGACUCGCCUCGCAAUUCGCGAAAAGGGUUCGAGGGGUAGUUUGGGCCCUGACGCCGGUACCCCUACCAGUUUAUCGUCAUCAGGCUCGGAGAUCCGACGCUCGGAGACCCCGACAGGCGAGAAGAGAUGA